CAGAGGGACAGGUUGAAUUAGCAGGGAGUAUUAUAAAAGCUUUAGAUGUCAAGCUCACUGUUGUCCAAAAAGAGAGUGCUUCCAUGGAUCUAGUUGUGGUUCUGGUGCUCUGUCUCUCCUGUUGGCUUCUCCUUUCACUCUGGAAACAGAGCUCUGGAAAGGGGAAGCUCCCACCUGGCCCCACUCCUCUCCCUUUCAUUGGAAAUAUCCUCCAGUUAGAUGUGAAGAACGUCAUCAAGUCCUUGAGCAAUCUCUCAAAAGCGUAUGGCCCUGUAUUCACUCUGUAUUUUGGCAUGAAGCCCACUGUUGUACUGUAUGGGUAUGAAGCAGUGAAGGAAGCCCUGAUUGAUCUGGGAGAAGAGUUUUCUGCAAGAGGAAGUUUCCCAUUAGCUAAAAAACUUAAUAAAGGACAUGGAAUCCUUUUCACUAACGGAAACAAAUGGAAGGAGAUAAGGCGCUUCUCCCUCAUGACCCUGCGGACUCUGGGGAUGGGAAAGAGUGACCUUGAGAGCCGAGUUCAAGAGGAAGCCUGCCACCUUGUAGAAGCUUUGAGAAAAACCAAAGCCUUACCCUAUGAUCCCACUUUUGUCCUGGGCUGUGUUUCCUGCAAUGUGAUCUGUUCCAUCAUUUUCCAAAAUCGUUUUGAUUAUACAGAUCAGACUUUAAUGGACUUCCUGAAAAUAUUUAAUGAAAACUUCAAGAUUCUGAGUUCCCCAUGGAUUCAGGUCUACAAUAGCUUCCCUGCUGUCCUUGAUUAUCUCCCAGGAAGUCAUAACACAAUACUUAAAAAUUCUGUUUUUGUAAAUAAUUACAUUUUGGAGAAAAUAAAAGAACACGAAGAAUCCUUGGAAGUGAACAAUCCUCAGGACUUCAUUGAUUACUUCCUGAUGAAAAUGGCACAGGAAAAUGACGACAAUCAGUUGAAGUUUACUUUUGAAAACUUAGUAAACAGUAUAUCUGAUUUAUUUGGAGCUGGGACAGAAACGACAAGCACCACCCUACGAUAUAGUCUCCUGCUUCUGCUGAAGCACCCAGAAGUCACAGCUAAAGUCCAGGAAGAGAUUGAGCGUGUAAUUGGCAGAUGCCAGAGCCCUUGCAUGCAAGACAGGAGCCGCAUGCCCUAUAUGAAUGCGGUAUUGCAUGAGAUCCAGAGAUAUAUUGAUUUUAUCCCAAACAGCCUGCCUCAUGCAGUGACCCGUGACAUUAAGUUCAGAAACUAUGUCAUCCCCAAGGGCACAAACGUGUUAGUAUCACUGACUUCUGUGCUACAUGAUGAACAAGAAUUCCCCAACCCAGGGGUAUUUGACCCUGCCCACUUCCUGGAUGAUAAUGGCAACUUUAAGAAGAGUGAUUAUUUCAUGCCUUUCUCAGCAGGAAAACGAAUAUGUUUGGGAGAAGGACUGGCCCGUAUGGAGCUGUUUUUAUUCUUGACCACCAUUUUACAGAAAUUCACCCUGAAAUCUCUGGUCGACCCAAAGGACAUUGAUACCACCCCAAUUGCCAGUGGGUUUGGCCAUAUCCCACCCCCCUACCAGCUCUGCUUCAUUCCCAUAUGAGGAAGGGCAGACCAUCUGCCUGCUGCUGUGCUGUUGUCUGUAGCUCCUCCUCCUCUAGGGCAUCAAUCACCUCCUCACCGCUGGGGAUGCACUCUCUGACCUCAGCUCCUGUUUCCCCAUUCCCUCCAUACCCAGUGAACAUCCAACCUCUGCUAAAGCAAAGUUUCCAGGGGCGCCUGGUGGCUCAGUCAUUUAAGCGUCUACCUUUGGCUCAGGUCAUGGUCCUGGAGUCCUGUGACUGAGCCCUGAAUCAGGCUCCCUGCUCAGUGGGGAGUAUGUGUCUCCCUCUCCCUCUGCUUCUCUCUGGCUCGUGCUUGCUCAUCUCUCUC